CUCCCUCUUUCUUUCUUCUCUUAAAACCUUCAACCCAUUCUCAAAGGAAACACUCGCACUUCUUCGCUGUCUCAUUUCUACCAUUGCAACGCAAUUUGAAGUACCAAGGAUAACCUUUCUCCUCCCAAAUCCAGAUAGAGUUCUGAGAGGUGGUAGUGUUGCAGGCAAUGAGCAACCUGCUGUAACUUCUGUUUCACACUGUCGAUUGCACGGGAACAUGGAGGCUCAAAUCCAUCAACUUGAACAAGAAGCAUACUCUGCUGUCUUGCGUGCUUUUAAAGCUCAGUCCGAUGCGCUUACUUGGGAGAAAGAAGGUUUGAUAACUGAGCUCAGAAAAGAGUUAAGGGUUUCAGAUGACGAACACAGGGAGCUUCUUACCAGGGUUAAUUCUGAUGAAAUAAUCCACCGCAUAAGGGAAUGGAGACAAACUGGCAUUUACCAACCUGCAAGGCGCAGCACAUCUCAACCUGUUCAUGACAUUUUACCGAGUCCAACUGUUUCAGCUUCCCGCAAAAAACAGAAGACAUCACAUUCGGGUCAGUCAUUGCCUGGUUUGUCUUCAGUGAAGUCUGUACAGUAUGCUUCCACUGGACCCACUGCAGGUAGGCACUUCGCAAAUCGCAAUUCUUCUAGUGCUCUUGUAUCCAAUGCAACUGCUGAGGCAGCAGCAUUUGAUCCAUUCAUUGGGAAGAAAGUUUGGACUAGAUGGCCUGAAGACAACCACUUUUAUGAAGCUGUCAUAACUGACUACAACCCUGCUGAGGGCCGGCAUGCUUUGGUUUAUGAUAUUAACAAAGCAAAUGAGACUUGGGAAUGGGUUGAUCUCAAAGAGAUAUCACCUGAGGAUAUACGAUGGGAAGGUGAAGAUCCAAGCAUACUCCACAGAGGUGGGCAUAGCGGGCAAGGUCGUGGAGCUAACAAAUUAUUUAAUCACGGUGGUGGUACUUAUGGUGCUGGAAGAGGGAGAGGACAUCCGAGAUUUCACCCGAGAAAAGAACUUAUCACGCCGCAAAAUGGUAUUGGAAAUAGAGUUCCAGAUGAAAUUGAGUUGCUGAACACAGAGACACUAGUUAAGGAGGUGGAAAGGGUUUUCGCUACAAGUCCUCCAGAUUCUGUGGAGCUUGAGAAAGCAAAGCAAAUGCUGAAAGAGCAUGAGCAGGCUCUUGUCGACGCCAUCUCAAAGAUUGCAGAUGCAUCAGAUGGUGAAAGUGAUGGAGAACAACCAUUUAUGCAUCGACAAUUAAUGGACAGAGGAUGAGAGCACAGAAACCAGCUGCAUGGUGAAGACAAUCAUAUGACCCUUGAAGAUGACCCUUUGUUCACAUGAAGUCUCGUAUAUAGAAGUCUUAUUGUGGGUGAAAGCACAGGCAACUAACUCACUUGUAGGAUCCUCUACAGCAUCCAAUGGUCAAGAUGGUCUUCUUACAUUUGCAUAUAUACUGUCUUUUGUAUUUCAUUCCCUUCCAGACUAAUAUUGCUUCUGAAAAUGCGCAUGACAGUUAAGGAUAUAGAGACUCGUUAUAUUAUUUGGCACAUUGUUUUGACUGAAUGCAAAUGUAAAAAUACUAAACUGAAAUGAAAAGUCUUUUGAUGCAA